UGAAUUUCCCGCUGGAUCGGAUCGAAAGUAAAUUCGGUGAUCUUCAGCAUUGACGCUCGCCGAUGAUGGAAUUAGGUCACGUGAACCCAGCUUUCGCUGAUAAGGAUACUUUUGACUCCACUGAGAUGGAGGAACAGAAGUCAGGACCUGCCAGGCCUUAUGCAGCGACUGUGAAUAUGGUCAACACCGUCCAAGAUGAUGAUGACCCCGCCUCCAACUUCUCAGAGGAAAGCUUCGACCCGAUAUCGAGAAGCGCCCUGCAGGCGACGCGCAGAACCCACCGCACCCAGCAGGAUCUUAACAACCUUGUUUUCCGGGAAGGUGCCGCUCUACAGCAGAACACCCUGGCACUCGUGUCACUUCAAGACCGACUGUCUCAUGACCAACUGCUCAAAAGCUUGCUGUUCGAUGGAGAGAGAGUUCAGAAUAACAACCGCUGGCUGUAUUACUCCUGUGUGGAGUUCCAGGAUGACCGAGGCACCAACGCAAUCCUUCCGCCAAUGAUGAUUGGGAAAGCUUGUCUGACAGAUCAACGGUUGCUCCUGUUAUCUGCCGAGAGAGCAAUGAAUGCUAGUUUCACCAAGUAUGGAGACCCGAAGACGACCUCAGGCGGUUAUGAUGUUGAGACUUUGUUGACGGACAACAUCCAUUACAAGCCGAUCCCACUCAGCAGUUUUUACAGCAUUGAGUUGCAUAUCGCGUCUAGCUCAAAGAGUGGAGUGCAAAUACAUGCUAAACCACCACUACUAUGUUUCUUCUGCAGUUGUCUCGGGUGUCCCAAACAGUGGAUCUCAGAAAAUCCUAAUUCGUCUAACGACAACAGGCGUGUUCUCACCUUAGGCGCCACCCUUCCUCCGUGGGGCACGAGAUCCUUCAUUCGAAUCCAUUUGAACCCGAGCAUGCCGCUUGUUGUUGCCAGGGACUUCGUUUCCUGCUUGCAGUGUUAUUCAAGGAAUCUCCACUAUGGAUCGUGCCCACCAGGCACCUAAGAACCUGGUUAGGUGGGGUCAUACCAUUGCGUUCCGGUACCUAUGUUUCCCAAUAUACCCAGGUACCCAUGUUUCUAAGUACCUUUGUUUCCCAAUACCCAGUUACCUAUGUUUCCCGAUACCUAUAUUUCCUGGUACCUAUACGUUUCCAGGUAUGUAUGUAUGUUUCCCGCUGUAUAAUUACAAAGAACCGAUCACAACCAUGGCUGCCACGAGUAUGGCUGUCGGGAGUGGACAAAAUUACCACCAAGAUCAGCUGUCAAUGGCAUUGAUAGGGUGAGGGGGGGGGGGGGUUAAACCCAAUGCAUUUGCUGACUCUGAUGUUGUAGUCCCGCUCUCUACAUUGCAUGUGACUUGCCACCCAAUGCCAACUGGAAAGGCUUGUAAUCACUGGUGUCGAGUAUCAAAUCCCUCAUAUAGCCUAAUUUACGGUCUAAAAGUCAUAAGAUAAGAUACGAUAAACUUUAUUUUCAU